AUGGCUGCUGGCCGGAGACCCAAAGUGUUCACGACCGUUCGUGAGUCGCUUACCACUGUGAAUGGGCUCUCAGAGUUCGUCAGGGUAGCAGGGAUGAAGGUUGGUGUGGUGGAGAGCCGAGGAGGGAUCAUGGACAGCAUACAGAGAUUUUCAAACCUGCCAACGUAUCUCCCCGCGAGCUAUCACAUCUGCAAUGCUGAUGUUUUCUUCUUCCUCAAAGAAGCCAACCAGGAUAUCAUGAGGAACUCCAGUUUGCAGUCUAGGGUGGAUUCAUUCUUUAUAUACAAAGCCAAACUGCCACCUCUCCUAAACGCCACGUAUGGACCCUUUUCUGUUGAACAGGCUGUUCCCUUGGACCUCAUGCUGACUUCUGCAUCUUUUGGUUUCACAAAUAAAUUCACUUUUAAUUGGAAGUUAAAAUCUCACAUCAUCAACAGCUCAAUCUAUUCCAACAAACCUAAAAUACAAACCUUGUUCUAUAUUGCGGGGAAGGACUGGGAUGACUAUAAUUCUGCAGAGAGGUUGCCUUGCGUGAAGAUGUUUGCUUUCCUGGAGUCUAGAGAAGUUGUGGCCAGCUGUAGAUUGACAGGUCAUCUAGGAUUAUGUGUUGCGGAGCUGGAAUUGUCUCCUAGCUGGUUCAGCUCUCCUCCACCCCUGGUUUCAGAGGAAGCAGCCUCCCUGGAAGGGAUUACUGUGGAGCUCUUCUAUAAGAUUUAUUCAGCAGAUGGAGAAUGUUCUCCAGAGGAUGCAAAAUGGGAAAACAAUAUCCAUGCAGGUCAAGAUAAUGAACACAAGGCUUUGUCAGCUAUGGAGAGGAUUGGUAGCAUCGUUGUUUACCCAAAUCAAGACAAAUUAAAACAGUCUUUACUGAGGCUAGAUGAAAAUGUCGUUAUUCGCUUACCACUCAACCCGGUCAGAGAAGGUGACAUUGUGACCUUUCAUAUUUCCCUGGCUGAUGACUCUCUAGCAGACCAGUUUGUAUUAAGAAUUAGGACAGCCCCAGGUGUGAAGAUCACGGACAUCAGAGUCAGUGAUGCAGACCAGUGGGGUGUUCAAGAGGAGACGGACAGCGCAAGGACCACUGCCACGAUCACAUGUGUGCACAACGACCCAAACGCAGAGAACAGAGCAAACAUGUCCUCCUAUGAGAUCCUGCAGAUGGACUUUGAGAUUGACAACACUAGCAGCCUGGCAGGGGCCCAGCAAAUUACCUGGCAAGUGGAAUACCCUCGAGAUGACUCCGUGAGCGAACUGGUGGUCUCCGAGAUCUUUGUCAGCCGAACAAUGUUUGUGGGAAUUGUUCCUCUUGCGAUGGACACAGAGGUCCUUAACACGGCCAUUCUGACGGGCAAAACAGUGUCUGUUCCAGUGAAGGUUGUUGCUGUGCAGGAGGAUGGGUCCGUGGUCGAUGUUUCGGACUCCACCGAGUGCAAAUCAGCUGAUGAAGACGUCAUAAAGGUUUCUGACAGAUGUGACUCCAUCUUCGUUAAUGGCAAGGAAAUGAAAAGCAAAGUGGAUACUAUUGUUAACUUCACUUACCAGCAUUUUACCACCCAAUUAGAAGUGACGGUCUGGGUUCCACGGCUCCCGCUGCAGAUUGAGAUCUCUGAUACAGAGCUUAGCCAGAUCAAAGGCUGGAGGAUACCCGUCACCUCCAACAAAAGGCCUACCCGUGACAGCGAGGACGAAGAGGAUGAUGAGAAAAAAGGAAGAGGUUGUACCCUCCAGUAUCAGCAUGCCAUGGUGCGAGUGCUCACACAGUUUGUAGCUGAAUCCUCUGAGUUUGGAGGCCACUUGACCUAUAUGCUAGGCUCUGAGUGGCAGUUUGACAUCACUGACCUUGUGACUGAUUUCAUGAAGGUAGAAGAACCCAAGAUUGCUACGCUUCAAGAUGGCCGAGUUCUGGCAGGUCGUGAGCAUGGCAUCACCACGGUCCAGGUUCUGUCACCUCUUUCCGAUUCCAUCUUGGCAGAGAAGACAGUGAUCGUUCUAGAUGACCGUGUAACCAUUACAGAUCUAGGCGUACAACUAGUUUCAGGCUUGUCCCUCUCCUUACAAAUCAGCAAAGGAAGUAAGAGAGCUAUCGUUUCUACCACCUCUGCAUAUGAUAUCCUUCAUACUCCGAAACAGGAAGCCAUAGUCAGUGCUUGGAUUUUGUUCAGUGAUGGGUCAGUGACGCCGCUGGAUAUCUAUGACUCCAAGGACUUCUCGAUCACCAUCACGUCGCUGGAUGAGAUGGUAGUGUCUGCACACCAAAACCUUCAGUCCAAAUGGCCUGGGGUAGUGGCAGAAGGGGAUGGGCAAGGACCUUUGAUUAAAAUUGAAAUGGUCAUCAGUGAGCCAUGUCAGAAGACUAAGCGGAAGAGCAUUCUGGCUGUUGGGAAAGGAAAUGUCAAAGUGAAGUUUGGUCAAAAAGAUUCUGACCAAAAAGAAAGCACUAAUGACAUUGAUGAUGUGGAUAGAGAUUUUAAAAGCCAUGCAAGCAAUUCUAUAGAGAAACCUGCAGAACAAGAGAGGACAGCACAAGAAUGGUCCAAAAACCAUGAGGACAUGUCCAGUCAUGAGGACAAUGCAAACAAAAGCACAACUUUCAUAUCUCCCAUUGAUCAGGAGUCCCUGGAGGAUGGCCAGCUCCAAAAUAUCACAUUGACUCCAAGAGGAUUAACAGAUUUGGAGAUCGGCAUGUAUGCCCUGCUGUGUGUUUUCUGCUUAGCAAUCUUGGUCUUUUUGAUUAACUGUGUGGCAUUUGCUUGGAAGUACAGGCAUAAAAGGUUUGCUGUGAGUGAGCAAGGCAACAUCCCCCAUUCCCAUGAUUGGGUCUGGCUUGGAAAUGAGGUUGAACUGCUGGAAAACCCAGUUGACAUUUCGCUCCCAUCAGAGGAGUGCACUACCAUGAUUGACAGAGGAAUGCAGUUUGAAGAAAGCAACUUUCUCCUUAAUGGGAGCUCCCAGAAGACUCUUCAUAAUCAUAUCCUCAGAUCUUCUGAGUACCUUUGUGAAAAAGAAGUUAAAAGUGAACCUAUAAAUCCUUCUGGGCCAAAGCAGAAGCGAGUAAAGUUCACUUCAUAUACAACAAUACUGCCGGAGGAUGGAGGCCCCUACACCAACUCAAUUCUAUUUGACAGUGAUGAUAAUAUUAAAUGGGUAUGCCAAGAUAUGAAUCUUGGUGAUUCCAAGGAACUUAGGGACUAUAUGGAAAGACUGCAAGACAAUAUGUAA